AAACCAAAAAAAAAUUAGACAAACUUUUCCAUUAUAUAGAAUCACAAUAUCUGUUUAUUUGUUUUUGUCGUUUGUUUGUGUUUCAAACGAACGAACAAAAGAAAAAACUCCCCGUGUUCAAUCAUCCAUUGUCAAAUAUAAAUCAUUCAAUUCAUUAAUCCAUAAAAUGAAAAACGUAAUGUUUGCUUUAUGGCGUUCAUUUUCAAGAAGAAAACCAAUUGAAAAAAAUCAAUCAACACGUUUGAAAAAAUGUUUAGGCACCACCGAAUUAACUGCCCUUGGUAUUGGAUCAACACUUGGUAUCGGUAUCUAUGUUAUUAUCGGUACUGUUGCCUAUAAACAAGCCGGACCAUCGGUUGUUUUAAGUUUUAUCAUUGCUGCCAUAUCCAGUAUUUUUGCCGGACUUUGUUAUGCUGAAUUCGGUGCAUUAGUUCCAAAAGCUGGAUCAGCAUAUGUUUAUUCCUAUAUUUGUGUUGGAGAAUUAAUGGCAUUCAUUAUUGGUUGGAAUCUGAUUCUUGAAUACAUUAUUGGUGCUGCUUCGGUUGCACGUGGUUAUAGUAAUUAUUUGGAUGGAAUUUUCGAUAAUAAAAUACAAAAUUUUUUUAAAAAAACUUUACACCUUGAAUUACCACAUACAAAAUGGUUUUCUGAUUAUCCAGAUUUAUUUGCCUUUUCAUUGACAAUGAUUCUUUCAGUUGUUCUUAGUUUCGGUGUAAAAGAAUCUACACAAUUCAAUUUGAUAUUUACAGCUAUAAAUUUUUUCGUUGUUUUCUAUUGUGUUAUUGUUGGAUCAUUUAAAAUUAAUUUUCAUAAUUGGAACAUAUCGAAAGAUGAAAUACCCGCUGAUGUUGAUGGCGGUAAAGGUGGUUUUUUUCCAUUCGGUAUCAAAGGAAUGAUUUCUGGUGCUGCCACAUGUUUUUAUAGUUUUGUUGGUUUUGAUGCUAUUGCCACCACUGGUGAAGAGGUAUUGGAUCCACAACGAUCAUUACCGAUUAGUAUCAUUUUAUCAUUGACGGCUGUCACAAUUGCCUAUUGUGCUGUAUCAUCGGUACAAACAUUAAUGUGGCCAUAUUGGGAUCAAAAUCAUGGUGCACCAUUACCAUAUGUAUUCGAACAGGUUGGUUAUCCAUUCGCUCAAAAAGUUAUCACCGUUGGAGCUUUAGCUGGUCUUUCAACAAGUUUAAUCGGUGCUAUGUUUCCGAUGCCACGUAUCAUUUAUGCUAUGGCCGAUGAUCGUUUGUUAUUUCGUUUUCUUUCUCGUAUUAAUCAACGAUUUAAAACACCUGUCGUAGCUACAAUUAUAUCCGGAUUUCUUGCAGCAUUAAUGGCCACAUUUUUUAAUAUCGAUGAAUUGGCUGAAAUGAUGUCCAUCGGUACAUUACUUGCCUAUACAUUGGUAGCGAUUUCUGUAUUAAUUCUGAGAUACCAACGUCAAUCACCUUCAGAUUUUGAUAAUCAAUUAACAUCAAUGAUAACAAGUGAUGAACAUAUUUAUCAAGGAUCAUUAUUGAAAAGAAUUGUUAAUUGGAAAAAUUCUGAUCAACCGGAUGAAUUUUCAUCAAACAUGAGCAUGAUUUUGAUUGCUAUAUCAUUUGUUCUGGUAUUUGUUUGUAAUUUCAUGUUCAUAAUAUUUGAAGAUGAUAUAUGGUCAUUAACAUUACCAAUUUAUGGUAUCGUACUUUUAAUUGGAAUAUUCAUUCUAUUCAUACUGUCCAUCAUAUGUUUGGCACGACAACCACGAACAAUGGUCGAAACAUCAUUUCAGGUUCCAUAUGUACCAUAUAUACCAUUUUUUUCCGUUUUCGCCAACACAUAUCUAAUGGUACAUUUGAAUCAAAUGACUUGGUAUCGUUUUAUUGGCUGGAUGUUUCUUGGAUUCAUUAUCUAUUUUUCUUAUGGUCUAGUCAAAAGUGUUGGCUAUCUAACACAAGUGGAAAAGAAUCGUUUAUCAUUAGAUUCCGAUGAUGAUCAACAUGAACCGAUUGAUGAUGUCGAAGAAAAUACAAUCGCUGUCAAUUGACUAAAUUGAAAAAAAAAAAAAAUAUUUAUUUAAUUUUUCCAAUUUUUCCAAUUUAUA